UAUUAGCCUUAAUCUACAACUACCAAUCAGAUGAAACCCAGAGGCAGCUGCUGCCUCAACCAGAUCGUUACACUACUUCGAGAAUCUAGAGCAUUUCUACAUGAUCUAGACGGCUACCUUCGUAACACCGAUAUUAUUCUUCAUAUAUAUCUCUUUCUAAUUUAUACGAAGCAAAGUAUAUCCCAAAAGCUUGAUGAUAGUUUGUUUACUGAUAAAAUUCAGAUGUCUUUUCGACCUAGUGGACUUAUCACAAAUCCUUUUUCGUACGGAGCUUACCUUCAAGCCUCCAAGCCAGAAUUGCGAAAAUCGGCCACUAUUCUAUUUUGGGAGGAUAUUCUCAACGAUGAAUUUGAGCAUUAUAAGGGUAUUCGUGUAAAUUCCCAACAAUCAUUGGAUAAUACAACCAGAUCUGCAGAUGUGGUAGUUAGAUCUUAUGAUCGGGAAUUUAACCCUGUUUUGUUGCUGAUACUGGAAUGUAAACACCAGAGUAGGACACAUCGAGAGAUUGAUGAAAUGGAAUUACAGUUUGAACUAUAUGUUCAAGACUAUUUUUCAGAGUUUGGUAAAUCGCAAGGGUGAACCUCCAUAUAUGGCGUAGUUGCGUUCGGAACCAAGAUUCGAGCUUGGAAUUUCACUUGCGAAACUUCUACAACAUUCAUUGCGUAUCUUUUGAUGGAGGGCAAGACAGGGAUAGCGGAUCUUGAGACCCUUACAUUCCUGCAGAAGCUGAUCAGAUCCGAGAAUUCCUUGACAUGGUGAGAAAAUCUAAACUUACUUCAACUUCACAGAUAUCAUACGCCACCGGAUCAUCCUCAUCAACUACAAACACAAACAUACCUUACGGCUCUUAUCCAGCUGCUGCAGCAUCUACAGCAUCUACCAGUACAUCUCUAAACCAGCAAUGAACCACUUCUCAAAUCACUUCAUCAAAGCUCGGGUCGGAUGGGGAUCAUUUCUAUGUUGUCGACAGAAAAUAUUUUUAUUAUCUCAAAUCGACAAAGACAAGCACACUUGUAGAAUGCCCAACGAAUCAAUGGGUAUAUAAUUAUCAUGGUUGGAGUGAUUCUAAGGCUGAUGGUUGCAAAUGGCGAAGGAUAGAUGGAAAUAAAAAGGC